ACUCUUGAGAAACAGAAUCAUGAGUUGGGUCAGGCUAAAAUUAGGGUAACGGAUGCUAACAUCAGGGUUGCAGAGCUAGAGGAGAGUCUUGCUAUGGCUCAGAAAGAGAUGCUCAAAGCACAAGAGAGUGCUGCUAAAUAUCAAAGGGAUGCGAAAGAGGCCAUGGCCCAGAAGGAGGAUAUGGAGGAACGUAUAGCUACGUUAGAAAAGAGAUAUCUAAAUGCCCAGCGAGAAACCACAUCUCUACAUGAUCUUAAUGAUAAAUUAGAGGCUGAGUUAGCCAGUCGAGAGGCUGAUGUUAAACAGUAUGAAGAUAAACAGCGAGGAAUGCAGGAGAGACUAGAUGCCUCAGAACAAAGGUUAUCACAAUCAUUAAGCAAAGCUGAAGCAUUACCAAGUGUAGAAGCUGAAUUAGCUGAUAGAAUGGCUGCACUCUCUCAGGCUGAAGAGAGGCAAGGAAACACAGAAGAAAAACUAAAACAACUCAGGAAUGAAUUAGAAGAAUGUAAACAUGAACUAGAAAGGGCAAGAGAGAGGGAAAGAAUGAAUGAAGAACACAAUAAAAGAUUAUCAGCGACAGUAGAUAAACUAUUAACUGAAUCAAAUGAAAGAUUAAAGAUACAUCUCAAGGAACGAAUGUCGGCUUUAGAUGAUAAGAAUGGGAUGACUCAGGAAUUGGACAAGAUCCGACGAUCAAUGGAUGAGAUUGAAAGAGAGAAGAGUAAAGUUGUUGAAGAGAGGGAUCGAUUGAGAAUAGAAAUCAAGUCUUUGAGAGAUGGAUUUGAUUCUGAUGGUUCAGCUAGGAAUAUCAGCAGUACAACAUCCCAAGCGGUACCUGAUGUUGUGAUGGCCAAUGCUGCUAAACAGGGAAGAAGUGAGGAUGAAGUUAUACGGCGCCCUCAGAAGGGCCGCAUUGAAUCACUCAAAGGAAACGAUAGAAAGCAGGUUCACACGUUGAAUGAGCAGGAAUGGGAGAAAGCAGAGCAGGCCAAUGUCUUGGCAAACAUUGCCCAAGCUUUUGAGAGCGAGAGCUCUUCACCCGCUGGUGAUGAUAACGCAGAUAUCUUCUCAGCGGUUGAUAUGUUGUCGCCUCAAGGUCAAACAGAUGCUCAGACUUUAGCUGCGAUGCUUCAAGAACAACUAGAUGCAAUCAAUAAUGAAAUCAAAUUAAUACAAGAGGAAAAAUUUAGCACAGAACAGCGAGCGGAGGAGCUGGAGCAUCGGGUAGGAAGCGUUGAUAACAUUGAUAUAUAUGGGACUUCCCCUAGUCAUCGCUACUGGAAUCCAGAACCAAGGUCACUUACAAGGUCAUUGCCAGGAAGUAUGCUAAUGAUGACUACAGCAUCAGAUCAGGGUCCAUCACAACAACGUACAGGAGAUAAUAAAUCACCUCCUCAAAGCGCUGAUUCAACACCGGUCACUGUUAGACGAAUCCAUCAAGCUGAACCAGCAUCACCUCUUACCUCUCACUAUAAACAUAGUGCCAGCCAACCUCAUAUAUCCUCACUAGGGGGCGCUGUUUAUGGCGUACGGGAAAGAGGUUAUGAUAGCGAUGUGGAUGACAUAGCUUCAAGGCCCAAAUAUGUUCACAAUCGUUCUAUGUCCCUUUCUGAGUCGGAGCUGCAGUAUUGGCAAAAGCCAAUAACAAAGGAGAAGGAAACAGCAGAGGUGAGACCGAUCCGAUGCGAACCAAGUCCACCCAUGUCACCAAGAUCACAACAGCUUGAGAAGAUGGCUGCAGCUAUUGCCGCUCAAGCUAGUCAAAAUGAACAAAGAAGCAGAAACUCUAUGGAAAGUAACAGCACACCCAGCCCCCAUAGCAGUGCUAAUAGUUCACAAGACUCGCUUAAUAAGAAUUUACAGAAGAAACAAGCUUCAGGUAUAAAGGGCUCCCUCGGUAGGAUUUUUGGAAAGAAAGAGAAGCCUGGAAGAAGAGGGAGAGAACAUCCUGAUAAAGCCCAUUUUCAAGAUGAUUCAUCUUCCCAAGACUCGAUGUCAAUUGGAGUCGCUGGCCAGAGAGAGCAAGAUAGGAGAAAGAAAAAGAAACAUGAAUUAUUAGCAGAAGCAAUAAGAGCAGGUACCCCAUUUGCACUAUGGAACGGUCCUACUGUAGUCGCAUGGUUGGAACUCUGGGUAGGAAUGCCUGCAUGGUAUGUGGCAGCGUGUCGAGCAAAUGUGAAAAGUGGUGCCAUCAUGUCUGCACUCUCUGAUACAGAGAUACAAAGGGAAAUCGGUAUUAGUAAUCCACUUCACAGACUGAAAUUAAGACUAGCUAUUCAAGAAAUGGUCAGCCUUACAAGUCCGUCAGCUCCGCCCACAUCCCGGACAUCUGAUGAGAAUAUCAAUGAACCUCCGCCCCGACCACCUUCUCCUCCCCCACCCCCUCCCCAUCCAAUUGAGCAGACUUUAGCAUUCGGUGAGAUGAAUCAUGAAUGGAUUGGAAAUGAUUGGUUGACCAGCAUUGGCUUGCCGCAAUACCGCUCAACGUUCAUGGAAUGUCUGGUAGAUGCUAGGAUGUUGGAUCAUCUGACCAAGAAAGACCUUAGAGGACAGCUUAAAAUGGUUGAUAGCUCUCAUAGGAAUAGCUUCCAGUACGGUAUACUAUGUCUGAAAAAAGUCAACUAUGAUAGGAAGGAAUUAGAAAGGAGGAGAGAAGAGAGUGCAGUAGAGGUUAAAGAUGUAUUAGUAUGGAGUAAUGAAAGAGUAAUAAAGUGGGUAUGUUCUAUUGGACUCAAAGAGUUUGCUCAAAACCUGAAGGAAAGUGGCGUGCAUGGAUCCAUUGUUGCUCUGGAUGAAACAUUUGAUGUCAGUGCCCUUGCACUAGCGCUUCAGAUUCCAACACCAAACACGCAGGCACGAAGCACGUUAGAACAGGAGUUUAAUAAUCUACUUACUGUUGGCACAGAGAGGAGAUUAGAGGAGGGAGAGUUAGGGAAGUUUAGGCGAGGUCCAUCAUGGCGACGCAUGUUCAAGAGCAAAGAGGCCGCCGCUCAUCAUAGAAAGGACAAAUUACCGCUAGACCUGACGGCCGGAGAACGAAUGGAGGCAUACGGUCCUUCCCCAGGCUCUCCCACACAGCGAACUAUGAUGUAUACAAAUCAGAGAGGGCCGGUGGUCCAUGGUGUACCUGUUCUACCAACCUCUCCACCCCUUCAGCGGGGUGGAGCCGGUGGAGGGGCGGUAGUCCCACCCGGGAGUACAUCUAGCAAUACAACAAAUCUUAAAACAUACUCAUGCUGACAGAAUGUAUCACCAUGGAGACAGGGACCAAGCCAUCCCAACAUAAGCUGACCUCUGCCCCUAGCAAGGUCAUAGGUCAAAGUUCAGGACCUUAUAUGUUAUAGUUUGUCUUCAACUGCAGCUCACUGUAGCCAUUAUUAGACAUUAUUUUAUAACCAGUGACAUAUAUAGAAGCUAACAUGCAGUCUCAUUUAAGUAUUUUAUGUCUGCUUUUGUAGACAUAUUUACCUCAUGAAAAAUAUUGUGUACUAUGAAAUCCAAAUAUAUCUUUUCUUUCCCGUAGACCAUGCAACACAAAUCAUUUAUAUGAUUGAAUGCUUCAAUGCAGUCAGUCAUCAAAAAGUGAAUGAUUGAUUGUAUCAAUGCAGUCAGUCAUCAAAAAGUGAAUAUGAUUGAUUGUAUCAAUGCAGUCCAUCAAAAAGUGAAUAUGAUUGAUUGCAUCAAUGCAGUCAGUCAUCAAAAAGUGAAUAUGAUUGAUUGCAUCAAUGCAGUCAGUCAUCAAAAAGUGAAUAUGAUUGAUUGUAUCAAUGCAGUCAGUCAUCAAAAAGUGAAUAUGAUUGAUUGCAUCAAUGCAGUCCAUCAAAAAGUGAAUAUGAUUGAUUGCAUCAAUGCAGUCAGUCAUCAAAAAGUGAAUAUGAUUGAUUGUAUCAAUGCAGUCAGUCAUCAAAAAGUGAAUAUGAUUGAUUGCAUCAAUGCAGUCAGUCAUCAAAAAGUGAAUAUGAUUGAUUGCAUCAAUGCAGUCAGUCAUCAAAAAGUGAAUAUGAUUGAUUGUAUCAAUGCAGUCAGUCAUCAAAAAGUGAAUAUGAUUGAUUGUAUCAAUGCAGUCAGUCAUCAAAAAGUGAAUAUGAUUGAUUGUAUCAAUGCAGUCAGUCCAUCAAAAAGUGAAUAUGAUUGAUUGUAUCAAUGCAGUCAGUCAUCAAAAAGUGAAUAUGAUUGAUUGUAUCAAUGCAGUCAGUCAUCAAAAAGUGAGCUUUCUGAUCAAUUAUUAUGCUUUGUGUUACUGGCCUUUGGUGUCCAAAGACUUAGAAUGGAUUUAUAGUAUUAAAGCAUGUCACCUUAUCUAUCACUCCAGUCUACAGCAAUUUUGGCAUGGUCUAGUCUGCUUGGACAAUGAACUCUCAUUUUUAAUGUCACAUUAAGAAAGGAACUAUUUGGUAUUCCAUGAAAACUGACCAACGAUAAGUCCUUAUUCGUCAUAUGAUAUCUGAAAGUGAUUGUGAUCAAAAGAAGUAAUGUUUGGAUUUAUCUUGAUUAUUAACAGUAUGAUGAGAAAUGACUCACAUUUUUAGUAUUAAUAGCAGUUCUUAUGACAAAUGCCCCCAAAUAUGUUUAUGAAUAUUGAUUUCAAUAUCACACUUUUAAUAAUAAUCCUUAUACCUCUAAUGGGCCUGUUUCUUGUUCAUAAAAUCACAUUAUAUGGAUGUUACUCCAUCUAACAGAUUAAAUUUGUUUGUUCUAGACAAGUCAGAAUUAGGUUUUCACUAUCUUUCCUUCAAACUUGAUUGGGGAUAGAUGCAUCUUAAAUAGAUGUGUUUGUUUAACACAAUAGAGUGUUAACUAUGAAAGAAAAUGUGAGAAAAGUAGGAAGCGAAUAGUAAUCUGAACAGUUAUGUCUUGGUACCUGUAAUGCAUCCAAAGAGUUUGAUUUUGUUGUUUUAGAAAGUAACUACAUUCCACUCAAAUAGUACAUGUAUCUACAAUGUACUUGCCUAAUAGAAGAUCUCCUUUGGUAAAAUAUUGUUAAUCAGAAAUUACGUCAGUGGCCUGGGAUUAAUGAGGGCAUUACAAGAAAUCUGCAGGCAAUUGCAUAUGUAUUAGGAGUCACAAAUACAGUGUGUCUUUAAUUAAUUUGCAAUUAAUUGCCAUUGAUUUCAGCUGAUAUGCAUCUCGUAACAAUUACAUAAUAAUUAUAGUGAUGUCUUAUUGAGCGCACACACAGUCAAGAGACGCUCAUGGCGCUAUCACAUUUCUUUUAGAAAUACAUAUACAUAACUACAAAUUUAAAUGUAAAUGAAGUAAAAAAGAAAUCUUAAGUUGCUUAAGUACAAUUUUGCAUCACUUGCUGGAAUUUCCAGCUACAUUCUGGUGGGGCCUGGUGCCCUCCUGCUCGCCGCUCCGUUCACCAACAAUUUAGGGGCCAAUUAUCUCGGUCAGCUCAGAACUCACAGGAGCUGUAGCAAAUAAGAGCACCAGCCCCCCUAGGAAGCUAGUCAGACCAGUGAGUGAUGAUAAGUAGAAUGUAAUUUACAUGUCUUCAAAACAAUGUUAUAUCUAAUAAAUAUGGAUUUAGUUGUCAAAGGCACUACAGGUUGAACAAAUAGGUCUUUAGAUGUACUUUAAUGCAACAGAGUAACUGAGGAAGUUGAUUCCACAACUUGGCCGCAGCAUAUGAGAAGUACCUAUGCCCCCAAGGAUGUUGGGUAUGAGGAAAUAGAAGCAAAUUGUCAAUUCCAAAUCUCAUAGUAUGAAUUGGAUUGUAGGGAUGUAGCGUAUCUUUAAUGUAUUGUGGUGACAUCCCAUGAAUGACUUGAAUCUUACCCUUCUGAAGAUCUUAACGCUAUAACUUUAGUUGAACUUAACCUAGGCUCAUAUAAUUUGGUGUGUAUGAUACUAGAAAUUCUAUUGAUUUUGAGGUCACAAGGUCGCCACCUUCCACUUUUCUUGCUUGACCAAUAACUCCAUUUUCCGUGUUACAGGCGGGCGUAUUAUCUGCUCACCUUAGCGACACUCUUGUUUCUUUUUAUUAAAUCUCCAUUUUUUUCUGGGGUGGACUUGACGUCUAAUAAUAGACAUUUGUCAAUUUGAAUACAUCCUCUUUUUCUCAUGCUAGAGACUGGGGGUGAUGUACUCUGAGAGAUAAAAUCAAUUUCAUGAGAGAUUGAUUCAGUUCUUUUAUUGGUCUACUGCUUAGUGUAUUGUGAUUUCAUGGGAUUUUUCACUAUUAAGAGAUAAAAUCAAUUUGUAAGAGAGAUUAAAUGAUUGGAUUCGCCUGUUCUUAAAGUUGAUUUCAGCUGUCAUUGCACAAGGCAUAUUCGUGUAGUUAAGAUAAUUCCAUAGCUUAUGUAGUAUUUAAAUGAUACUGACACAUGUAGUGCCAGAUGUUGCAGAGAUAAUGCCAGUUUAUAAAUACUUGUAUUUGCUAAUUUAUAUAUUUAUUUAGAUUUAACUGGAUGAAAAAGUCUAUUUACAUAGACAAGGUGGUUUACAAAAAUUAGUUUAGUUCAUGCGCAUUUAAGUCAGUAGCUAAAAUCUUCAGGUAAGUCCUGCCAAGUUCCUGUUUGAGUUACCAUAAACAGAAACAGAAGUAACUAAAAGUUUAGAAAUACUUUCUUCAUCAGAAUACUACACAUUUUCCUUUUGUGAAAUAUAAAUUUAAACUACCUCUGCUUACGUGUUCAUUUGUCAAUUUCUACAUUUCGAAUAUAUGAAAGUGUUUGUCUCUAGAAGUAAAUGUUUUUUUUUUUGAAUGCCCACCAAUAUCAACUCAUUGACAAAUCCUCAUAACACAGUUCUCAGUAAUUCUGUGUUCUUAGUGUUCUAAAUAUAUUUGUGCUCCAUGAUAGAAUCUUAGGGUUAGGGUUAAAAGAAAUCUAUAGAUAAUCUUACAUUGACUAACACAUUCAUAAACCACAGAUUGCAGAUACUCCUUAUUGAACAGAUUAUUUUUGUUAAUGUUCAGAGUUGGAUUAAUAUUUCUCUUAUAGGGAACAACCAUAUUUUCAAUUAUUUGAAAUGAAGUAUAUUAAUUAGAAAUGAUUUUCAUCUGAUACCAGAUGGAAAAUGACCAUGAAACCAAAUAAACAUUUAUACAUAAUUUUGUCCAUUAUCCUUUGUAUCGCACCUCACCUAGUCAAAUACAGGCCAUGAUAGUGCAAUUGACUUCUUUAUUAGACAUUUCCUCUAUUUCAAUGCUCAAUUCUCAUCAUGAUUACACAAUUUAGAGCUUUUUUUUGCAACAAAGCAGUGUGAUCAAACAUGUGAAUUAAUUUAUAUCUGUUCUCAGCUUUUGUUGAAGUGUGUACAACUUUGUGUUGCAUUUGAUUUUAAAGUCAUUUGUGAGACACCAUAAAUGUCUGAGAUGAUAGCUGACAAACUCAUAUUUCAGUAUGUGUACAUACUCUGCAUCUUAUCUACAGUAUGUAUAGGGAAUGCUUGAAUACCAAUUAAAAAUGCUUUUCAUCGAAAAACUCAGAUAUCAGUAUCUGUGUACAUACUGAAAUCCGAGAUUGUUGAUGAAAAGAAGCUCAUAGAAUUUAAUAGGAAAUGCUUGAAUACACGGAGAAAUUUGCAAUAAUUUUCAAGCCAGUGUAAAAUGAAUGGCAAACGUUAACAAUAAAUCAUAUCAUUGAUUGUCUCUUGCAUCAUUUAUUGAUUCCCUCGCAUAAAAAGAUUUUUUUUAUUUCAUUCACGAUAAAGAAUAAUAAUUAAGCAAGGUUAUGGGAAACAAGGAAGAGUUAAAAAUAAAAAUGAAAUGGAGAACUGCAUAAUUGUUUUGCAGGUUUACCAAAUUUUACCCUUUAAAUCAAUGACAAAUCUUACAUUGACAAUAAACACAUUUGUAAACCACAGAUCCAUGCUAAAAGAUAGAGCACUGUAAGGUGCUUGACUAAUGGCUUUAUAAAAUAAAGUUGUCUUCUGUCAUAUCUGUUGAUGAAUUCACUUCAUUCCAAACCAAGCAUUUACUCUCAAACCUCUUAUGUUGCAUAGACAAGAUAUAGCUUUGUUCAAAAUGUGAAAUAGUCUCCAUAUUUUGUGUAAAUAAAGAAUGAUAUAUAGGAGUUACUACAGAGAAAGCGGUGUACAUGGUGUACAGUGUUGUAGUCAAAUGAAGAUCAUAUUGAGGAGUUAUUGGCGAUCUUCUUAAAGAAUUAUUUGUAGUAUCAACCAUUUUACAUGUAACUUUUAUAUUUGUAACUCUAUGUGAGGAAUAUUCUUGUCUAUGCAAAUAUUUAAUAUGGAGUGAGAUAAUGAAUACAAUAUCAUGGAGCUGUAUUUAACGGAUGUUUUGACAAGGUUAUCACUUCAAGAGUGGAAUAUCUUUUUUAAUUUGCAUUACGUUUUAAUGAAAAGUUUGUUUUGUAGAGAAAAUGAACUCACUGUCUUCAGACAAAGCUCCAAUCUGUCCCAUUCAGUAAGAGGUUGCUAAUACAAAAUAGUGCCAAGGUAACAAACCAUUCUCCCUUUUAAAAAAUUGUUUAAAAAAAGAUAUGUGGACCACUUUUAAGACUUAAAAUAUAUCAAAAUACAUAAUAGAUGAAUCAAUGUAAUGCUACAGUCAUACCACUGAUAAUCAUUAUAUUUCACUUUCAUGAACUAGGGACUAAAUAUCAACAUUCCUUAUGUAGAUACCAAAACAUUGUCAUUGACCUUUGACAUUGAUCAUGUGAUUUGAAACUGAUCAGUGACUCUUGAUCACCUGUACGUCAGGCUCUUUUCUUAUUCAAAGUUAUAAAAUUUCAAAAACUUAAUAUUUUCACUUCUGCAACCAAAACAGCCCCUGUAAAGUGACAUUCAAUAUUUUUUCUGCAUUGUAAGCUUUGUAGUGAAUAAAAGCUAAUUACAGGUAAAGCAUUGACGGUGAGGUCUUCUAAUUCUGAGUAUUUGUUGAUUUCAAUGCAUAACUCUGUUUUUUUUAUUAUGAUGCAUGUUUCACAUUGUAUCAUAUAUACCUUCUGUUAAUACAUAACAAAUGGAAUAGAGUCAUUUCAUUAUGUCCCACCUUUAUGUGGCAUAGAUCCUAUUUAUUGGCAUUUAUGAUAAUUUUUCAAGUAAUAAUUGCAACAUAGUUAUGACACAACGUUAUUUGGAAACCUCAUUUUGUCACAUAUAACACCGAUGUAUGUUGAUGUAUGUUUUAUUUUCUUGUAAGGUUACAAAGUUUAAUGAAAUAUGGGAUCUUCUUCACAAAAGAAAUGAUGGAAUAAUGAGAUUUCCAUGUAAAAUGAAUGUAUACAGAAGUAAUUUUCAUAUCAAUGUGAUUCUUGUACAGCAACAGAGAAUAAAAUCAUUGUGUCUAUUCCUCUAUGUAUCACAACUGAAAAUAGAAAAUGAAAAAAAAGAUAACCAAAUAAACGAACUUAAGUUAUUCUUUA